AUGACGCUCAAGGAGGAGUUCGCGACCAGGAACUUCACACUGGGCAUCGCCAACAUCUUCACCAUCCAUCUCCUCCUCAUCAUCUUCUGCGCGCUUGCCCUCGCCUCCGCGCUCGUCAUCCUCUUCAUUGAGAUCCCCCUGUUGCUCCGAAUCUGCCCUACCUCGUCCACCUUUGAUGGCUUUAUCCGCAAGAUUUCUACCAACUACAUGCGCGCCGGCGCCUACGCUGGCAUGGCCGUCAUCCAGUUCCUCAGCACCAUCAUCGUCACCAGCAGUUUGAUCGCCGCCGGAGUUUUCCUCUCCCUGACGGCCAUCUGCUACCUCCUCGCCGGCGUCAAGGGCCAGGCCUUCGUUGGCAGCAAGACCCUCGGCGGUCAGGGCGUUGCCCAGAUGAUUGUCUAG